GUCUGAAAAAACCAACGAUAUCUAAAACCCCUCUGCUUCUGUCUCUCUGCUAUCAAAAAAUGAGUUCACUCCUUUCAACCAAAUUUUCUCUUUCUCUCUAUCCAAACAGCUCUUCUCUUCAUUUUCUCUCCCAAAACAAACCUCAAAGCAUCCAUUUUUCCUCCGACAAAAUCAGGUUCAAAAUAAAAUGCACAGCCACAAACCAACCGCCACCAUCCCGGAAAAAACAAUCCAAGAAGAGCAAGAAAAGUGAAAGUGAAACUGAAGACGAGAAAGGAAUAGACCCAGUUGGAUUUCUUACCAGAGUCGGCAUUUCUCACAAGCAAUUUGCUCAGUUUCUACGCGAAAGGCAUAAAUCAAUGAAGAACCUUAAAGAGGAACUUUUCAAGAGAAAUUUUAUGAUCAAGGACAUUGCUUAUGGAUAUGAGUUGAUGGGUCUGCAUCGUCAUCCAGAGCAUCGGGCAGAUUAUAUGGAAUGGGCUCCAGGUGCUCGCUAUUGUGCACUAGUUGGUGACUUUAAUGGGUGGUCACCAACAGAAAAUUGUGCAAGAGAGGGUCACUUUGGCCAUGAUGACUAUGGGUACUGGUUUAUCAUUCUUGAAGAUAAGCUUAGGGAGGGAGAAGAACCAGAUGAACUUUAUUUUCAACAGUAUAAUUAUGUGGAUGACUAUGAUAAAGGUGACAGUGGUGUUAGCAUUGAAGAAAUCUUCAAAAAAGCAAAUGAUGACUACUGGGAACCUGGAGAAGACGAGUACAUUAAUAAUCGUUUUAAAUUGCCUGCAAAGUUAUAUGAGCAGUGGUUUGGCCCUAAUGGGCCUCAAACGAUGGAAGAAUUGGAAGAAAUACCUCUUCCAGAUGCAGAAACAAGAUAUAAGGAAUGGAAAGAGCAGCAUAAAGAUGAUCCUCCUAGUAACUUACCCCCAUGUGAUGUGAUUGAUAAAGGAAAAAAAUAUGACAUAUUUAAUGUCAUAAGUGAUCCUGCAUGGGUAGAAAAAAUCCGUGCUAAGGAGCCUCCUGUGCCGUAUUGGUUUGAGACACGUAAAGGUAGGCAAGCAUGGUUGAAAAAAUAUACUCCAACUGUUCCUCAUGGAAGCAAAUACAGGGUCUACUUCAACACUCCCGAUGGGCCACUGGAAAGGGUUCCUGCUUGGGCUACAUAUGUAGAACCAGGCACAGAUGGGAAGCAGCCUUUUGCCAUCCACUGGGAACCGCCCCCUGAAUGUGCUUACAAAUGGAAGAACACUCGCCCGAAAGUUCCAAAGUCCUUGCGCAUAUAUGAGUGCCAUGUUGGAAUUAGUGGUUCAGAGCCAAAAAUAUCUUCUUUCAGUGAUUUCAUAGAUAAGGUUCUUCCACAUGUGAAAGAAGCAGGAUACAAUGCAAUCCAGUUGAUUGGAGUUGUUGAGCACAAAGAUUAUUUCACAGUUGGUUAUAGAGUCACCAAUUUAUAUGCUGUUAGCAGCCGAUAUGGCACUCCUGAGGACUUCAAGCGCUUGGUUGAUGAAGCACACGGAUUAGGACUACUGGUGUUCUUAGAUAUUGUCCAUUCCUACUCAGCUGCGGAUGAGAUGGUCGGGCUGUCACUUUUUGAUGGAUCAAAUGAUUGCUACUUUCACACAGGUAAACGUGGGCACCACAAAUAUUGGGGUACCAGAAUGUUCAAGUAUGGGGACCAUGAAGUGUUGCAUUAUCUACUCUCAAAUCUUAACUGGUGGGUUGUGGAAUAUCAAAUAGAUGGUUUCCAUUUUCAUUCGCUCUCAUCAAUGAUUUAUACACACAAUGGUUUUGCUUCUUUUACAGGCGACUUGGAAGAGUACUGCAAUCAGUAUGUUGACAGGGAUGCAUUAUUGUAUCUCAUAUUGGCAAAUGAGCUAUUGCAUGCUCUUCAUCCUAAUAUAAUAACGAUUGCUGAAGAUGCAACAUUUUAUCCUGGACUCUGUGAAUCAACUUCACAGGGAGGAUUGGGAUUUGAUUAUUAUGUCAAUAUUUCUGCAUCAGAGAUGUGGUUAUCUUUUCUCAAGAAUAUUCCAGACAAUGAAUGGAGCAUGAGCAAGAUUGUCAGCACAUUAAUAGGAAACAGAAAAUAUGCAGAUAAGAUGCUUUUAUAUGCGGAAAAUCACAACCAAUCUAUCUCUGGAGGACAGUCAUUUGCAGAGAUCAUGUUUGGUGAAUUUAAGGACCAUUCAACUGCCUCAAAGGAUUCACUACUUAGGGGAUGUGCAUUGCACAAAAUGAUUAGAAUGCUUACCUUUACAAUUGGUGGUAGGGCUUACCUCAAUUUCAUGGGCAAUGAAUUUGGGCAUCCCAAGAGGGUGGAGUUCCCAAUGCUAAGUAACAACUUCUCAUAUUCACUUGCUAACCGUUGUUGGGAUCUGCUAGCGAAUGAAGAAGUGCAUCGCAAUUUAUUCUCCUUUGAUAAGGAUCUGAUGGAUUUGGAUGAAAAUCAAAUGGUGCUUUCAAGGGGUUUGCCGAGCAUUCACCACGUGGAUGAUAAUACCAUGGUAAUAUCAUACAUAAGAGGUCCUCUUCUCUUCAUAUUCAACUUUCAUCCAACUGAGACAUAUGCAGGAUACAAUGUAGGCGUGGAAGAAGCUGGAGAGUAUCAAAUCAUCCUAGACACUGAUGAGAAGAAGUAUGGAGGUCAGGGGCUUAUAAAGGUCGACCAAUAUCUUCAAAGAACCAUAACCAAAAGAGUUGAUGGCUGUCGAAACUGCUUGGAAGUGCCCCUGCCUAGUAGGACUGCCCAGGUUUACAAAUUAACUCGCAUAUUACGGAUAUAAACCUCUUCUCGUCAGGCCAGAAUUCCAAAUGAUAAAUAGUGUGAUUUAUCAGCCAAACAGUUAUGAGAUGGAAGAACGACUGUUGCCAAGGGUCGAGGGUUUUAUGAUCAUCCUCGUCAACCCAUUAUUUUCAAGAACUAUGCUUGAAGAAUUGAUGGACGUAAGGUUUGACACAGAGAAAUCUUUUUUGUUAAACUCAUUUGCAAAUGGAGGUGUUCUUUCGCUAGUCUGAAAAUGCCAUGUUUAUAUGUGACUGAGAAACAUGUGUUUGUGAAGAAUUAUUAGUGGAGUGGACUAGUGAUGCUGCAUGGAGAAGAAUGUGAAGUUGUUAAAUAGCUUGGGUGGGUGGGAAUGACUUCAAAAGUUGGAAGCAUUCAAAAAGAGAACAGGCAUUUUUGUUGUAAAAAUUUUAGCUUUUUAUAGAAAAUGUAAGUACAUAUACGGUAGAUAUCUUGUUUCUUAUAUGUCCGUACCAUUUCAAGUGUUAACUCAGAAAACUUUUUCAUUUCA